GUGGGACCCGCAUAACUGAACUCAACUGUCAAAUAUGUCAACUGCAGGUGCAAUUUUGGUGCAAUCUGCAAUUAGUAUAGUUUAGUAUACAAAUUAUAAUUAAAAUGGAUGAUAAUUUUUCACUAUGCGGGAUAUGUUACACGCUACUGAAGAAAAUCGACAUAAAUAAAAACAGGUCCUUUAGAGCCCCUUGUACCCAAAGUGUCAUCAAAAUUAGCGAUGCCUUGCUGUACGUUGCUCCCGAGGCUAAUGUCAACAUUCUUGAACAAAUGGUUUUAUGCUGUUCUUGUCUAGAAAAUCUGAGAUGUGCUUAUAAAUUUAAAUAUGACUGCUUACUUGCACAAACUAGAAUUUCGAAACAUUUAAACGAAAAUAACUUAACAUUAGUGAGUGAGGAAGAAAAAGUGUUAUCAAAGAGAAAUGAUGUAUCGUCAUUACGUGAGCAACUUGAAGACAUAUCAGAUAAACAAGAUAUAAAUACAUCAUCAAAUAAUAAGUCAGCUAAUAAUGGAGAAAACCGAGAAAAUCCUUUGGAAUUUACAGAAUCCAGAUUUUGUGAAACCGAUGCUGCAUUUAAGGACAAAUGCAGCCAAUGGUUUAGCUUAGCAGGUGAAAAUACAAGGACCUUUGAAACAAAAUCAGUUCAAACUGAGCCACAUGCUAAAACAAAAAUUGUUGUUCAGUUUAAAAGCCAAACGGUAGUUGAGAGAUUCCUUGAGAAAUUAAGAACUGAUCAAAAUCUUGGUAUUGAUAAGAAAAGUUUAGAAGUAUAUAUUGGCAGUGAAAAUGAAACUCAGAGGCUCUUAGAGGAUGAAUUAACAGAAAGUAAAAAAGAAACACAGAUGCAGCAAUUAAAAGUGCAAACAUUGUAUGAAAUGAAGGAUAAACUAAGCCAGUACCUUAACACAAAGAAAAUUACAGUUCAAGAAGCUUCUGUCAACCCGACUGCAAUAGACAGUGAUGAUGGUGCCUCUCAUAUGGAAGAGAUACUAGAUACAGAAAUAGAGCCAUCUGAGUCAACCUUUGAUGUGCCCAAAUUGUUGAUGGAUAAAGAUGGUCCUAAAGAGGUACCAGUUACAACUGACUCAUCUGAGAAUAACCGAGAUGUUCAAGAAGCAUCAAAAGAAGUACCUGAAUUGACAUUCUGUGAGGCGACUGGUGCAUUUAAGAAUAAUCAAGACCAAUAUGUCGAUACAGAUGGACAGUUAAUUGACUCAGCUAAACUGGAAGAAGCAGCACAAAAAGCGCUAGAAAAAGCAAAUAGUACUUUCAAAGAACCUUUACAAUCAAAUGGUCUUGCAGCAAAUGCAGGUUUGCUGACCCCAGUCACAGUCAAAGAAAAUAAUGGUAUGCUCAGUAUCAUACCUAUUGGUGAUGCUAUAGAGAAUAGUUUUCUUACUUUAGAUAAGCCAUUUAUGACAGAUGAUAUGAUUGACAUCAAGGAAGAACCUCUUGAUUAUGAUUUUGAUACAAAUUCUACUGGCGAUACAGAAGAUACAGUCAGUGCCCCUGAAACUGCACUACUGGAAUCUAGGGAGAUUGAUGAGUAUAUUGAUAUACCUGAGUUUGUGAUGAUUAACAAAGAUGGGGAAAAUGCAGAGGCAAAUUUGAAAAAAAUGCAACCUGAAGCUUUGAAGGAAAAGUUACUUGGUAGAGAACAUAGAAAAAUACAGUUUGAGAUAGUAAAAAAUGCGAGGCGAGUAGUACCAGUUGAAAAUGUCAGUCCAGGUCACUCAGAAGUGAAACAAAAUACAAGAUUGACAGGAGAGUCAAAAAUAAGGACAUAUAAAAAAAUAAAAAUGGUACCAGCAUUUGAAAAACCAUUGUCACCAUCAAGGAGAGUGUGGGUAGAUCCAAAUUUCUACCCAGUGAGAAGACAGGAUCCUAUGACUUAUGAAAAGAAAUAUCUAGCAUCGUUCUUUACCACGAAUGGUGAUUAUAUAUAUGACCAUGAUUAUAUUAUCAAUAUGUAUCACCAAAGUUCCGCCAGAGUGCUGGAUGUUGUACAAGACAUGAAACUAUGGUUCUGCCGCCUAUGCAAUAACCAGCAAUGGACACGAAAUCACGGGCGACACAUGCUGGAGAAACACGCGACGCAAACGUUUUGCACUUUGUGUCACGUCGAUAUGCGCACUCCGUUUGCGUUGAAUGUCCACAUGGAAGAACACACGAACGCGUGUGGCAGCGAAAAGGUGACGUAUGGUGCGAGAGCUGCGCAUGCGCGUAAACACCGAGCGCUAGCGCAGGAUAUUUGCGAUUCCGUGGUGACGGAGCAUGCGCAGAAGAAACGGACUAGGCAACAGGAUACUGAUGAAAUACCUGCCUCCGCUUCUGGCAUUCGAUCAUCAUCAGAUGACAGGGCAGCUGAGCGAGUUUCCGCAGAAGCCAAAGUGCAAAAGCAUAUGUAUAUGUCUGACGACGACUCUCAAGACGCACCAGACGACGUGAACAGAGAUGCUUCGUACCAGCCAGGUCGAGAUCAGAAACAGGCGAUUCAAAAGAAGAAACGACAAAAAGUCGAAGCUGUGAAACCGAGUGGCAGACUUUUAAGGUCACAAAGUAAGAAGAGCCGAGAAAUUGGAAGGGUUUUUUCUUAAGGUAUUUUUUGAUAAUUUUCACAUGUAAUUUAUUAUAUUCAUCCAUUGAUUAUAAGACGAAAAUCCCCUGAUUUAUGAGAUUGUAAAUUCCUGUUUUAUUGCUGCAAGUUGUUCAACGGGGUAUUUAAAGCAUGGACGCGUAAAAUGGUUACACCAAUUUUAAAUUCGUCGGAUUCAUGCUUGGAGCGUAUGCGCUUGCCGCGUUGUACGACAAAAGUGACAACGUUCCUGGAGCGCGUUCCAACUCUGCGUUUGGAGCGUACAUGCCAAAACCGUACGUCUAAACACAAAACCGCGCAAUGUUGGAAUGGCACGUUGGAUUUUUAACUGGUUGAUGACGCCCCAUUUUCAACAACAUGUUGAAAAGUUAACACGUUAAAUGCCACGGCGGUCCCCCCGUAUGGACCGCUUUGUAUUUCAUUUAUUUCCACGGUGUCUCCAGCCAGAGGCCCAUAUUUAAAGUUAUUUUAGCGUUAGAUAUGAACUGCUGUGGCUUGUAUGGAUUAUAUAUAUAUUGAUAGGUUUGAGAUCUUACUCAAUUGUGCCGGCGCUUGGCUGAUUGUUUUGUCCGCUAGCAUCAGCAAGGGAUCGACACCAGAGGAAGUUAGAAAUAACGAACGAAUCGUCACCUUGGUCCACCAACGCUGUCUCGCAUCUGUCAGAGCGAAUAUCUUCAAGCCGCACUUUGACGGCUUGCUUGGAAUAUAUUGUCUAAGAGCCGUUUUACACACAAGAGAAUUACUCCGAAAAUUAUGGUCAUAAUUAUGCCGAAAAUUUUUGCUGUCGUAUUACACGCAAAAGAAUUCUUUUGAAAAUUUUCAUGGUAAAAAUAUAAAACCCGUUCUAUAGAUAUGCGCGAGAAUCGACGCAGAGGGUUAUUUCCGUGCAAGUCAAUAUCAAAUGUCAACGUCAACAACAUAACCUCACUUAACAUUUUUGUGUGUGGUCCUGUUCGAGUCGUACGAAGAAGCGUUUAUUGUUUAUUCCUAAUGUCGUGGAAUCGGGAAGAAGUUACACUGUUGUUGGAGGAGUACCAAAAAUGGGCAAACCUGUUCAAGGUGAAGUCACCCAAUUUCAAAAACAGAAAUUUGCGGCGUCAGGUGCUGGAUGCGAUAGUCCAAGCAUUGAGAAGUUUUAUAAUAUUAACCAAGAUCUCGAUUUCAAAAAUAAAUUUAAAUCAACGACGUCUGUUGUCUUUCCGAUUAUAUUGGACGUCAUACCCGUUAAGAUUAUGUCCAUUCGAAAAUAUUACUCUAAUGCGCAGGCGUAUCAUAUGAAUUACUCGGAAAUUUUGUUUGCUUGUGUCAUACAGGUUGUAG